AUGGCGAAAAUCUACAAAGAUACUCAGGUCGACCUCCGGCCGUACUCGCCGACCACCGUUGUCAACAUCCCGAUACCAACACAGACAGGGUCGCAUAACCGGGCGCGAUUCACAAUCCCCUCCCUCACAGACUCUGUCGAGCCAGCAGCGAAAGACGAGGAUGAGUUUGCUAGACGAUACAUCGCGACGCAGGGGUCUGUGUAUUUUCGCAAACGCAACGUUUACCCGCGGGCAUUUCUCUGGAGGGUCGUCAACGAAAGCAAGAUUUUAGAGAUCCAAUGCGUGGACCUGACAAAAGGCGGCAUCGAGAACCACGAGUACAAUGUCACACUGCGAUUGGAUUUCCAGGAGGAGAUACUGCCCUCGGGCGUUGCUCUGGCAGACUUGGAGGGUCAUGACAUGCUGAACGUGUUUGUAAUCACGGCCUCCAAGGAAUUGCACACCUUGGCUUUACGACCAGAGUUCUUCAGGAGAGCGGCGUCAAUUGACCAAAAGGUCUCGGACUGGUGCAAAUGUUAUGUUCCAGCGCCGCUGGCGUUUUCGCACCCUCAUAGAUUACAUGCGAGCAGCCCGCUGGAGCUGUUCAUCUCCCUUGACAGCGGCGCGCUUCUGCGUUUGACCCGGAGGGCCGCUGACGAUGGUUCGAAUUGGUCACCGCUUACGCUUGACGAGAGAACUUGGGGUGCUUCGCUUCGUGGCUUGGUUAGGUGGAAUGCCCAUAGUUCUAUUAAAUACGGCGGUCGCACUCUCGACGCGAACGUAGCAAACGCGGUCGCUACGACAUCCGACCAGACGUAUGUUUUCGCGGUCUGUCUAAACCACACACUGAAGAUCUGGAACCUCGCCACAAACAAGUUGGUUGCGACAAAGGAUUUACUUGGUCGCGAGAUACAGCAACCGGACUCCCUUACAUACUCUUUAAAUCCCUCCGAAUCGUCCUUUAUCCGAGUAUUCAAUGUUGAGAGAGCUUUGGAUGGUGGAUACCGCUACUACGCCGUGACAUAUUCACCGUUUGAAGAUGGAUGCUUCAAGUUCUGGGCUAUUAAGGGAGGCCUUACCUCGCCCCUGGAAAUCGAAGAUCUUUUCCCUGCCGCGACGUUGAGGCCUUUGGAUCCAGAUUCGACCGGGAGUAUGUUCUGGAGCAUCGCCGAUUUCCAAAUCAAGCCGGCGGAGGAAGGGAAGCGCAUGGAGCUCUGGGUCUUGUGGAGGAACAGCGGUCUCUAUCAACUGUACACUCUCCACUUUAACUUUGAGUCUCUGGUUGCGGACUGGGCGACCAACUGGACUUCUGCCACAACAGAUACCCGCCGACAGGAACCACCACCGGCGCCAUCCUCUGACGUCAUCGAUCCGACGGAGAAGUGGUUGAAAUACCUUUUACAGCCAAACAGGUUCCCCCAAGAAGUCCUUGAGACUUCGUUGACGAUUUAUCAGGAGGCGCUUAAGCCACUGUCUUCCUCAAGUAGCUUGAAAAAGAGCGCCCCUCUCUCAGAACGGUUAUGCUCGACUAUCGCUGCUACAGUGUCUCUGCGAAGAUUCGAAGACGAUGAAAUGGACUUCUCACGGUAUCGCACUGAUACCGACUCCAAAUGGCGGCAGUUCUGGCAGAUCGCCGAUGACCUCAAUAAGAGGAGAUUCGAGCCAGUUACAUUAUCCUACGACGCGUACUAUGAGACCCCUUGGGUGCUUCUUUCUGAUAGCUGUGCGAUAGUACGGGAAUGCAGCUCGACAGAGCUUCUUCUGCACAACUCAGGGCCUGUCCUUCAGAGUGAAGGGCCCAAAAUCGGAGAUCGGUUGAGGCACCGGAAUCUGGAGUCAGAACUCGGCGACUUGUUUGAGGAGGCCUCGCAUCUGAUGACGGUUGCUUCUGACUUCAGAAAGAAAUUCUCGGCUGAUCUCGAUGCAGCUUGUCAGAGUGCCAUCGAGGCGGAAAUCUUCGCAGAGGCCUCUUCGUCUGUUCAAGACAGGAUGGACAAUUUCCGUGAUCGAUGCGAUUUCUCAGAGCAAAUUUCUAACCAGAUAUAUGACGAAUUACUCUCUGAGAUGAAUCGGCAACUCAACAUAUACAUGCUAUCUAGCGAAAUAUUCUUCAAGAUACUGGGGACCAUUCCGCUUGGGUUCCCUGGUAAAGAUUCUGACCUCCUCCCUACAUAUUUUGGGGUGAAGGUUACUGUGAACGGCGUCCAGGACACGAUUCUGUUUACACGCCAGAUACUAAUCGAUCUGCUGGUGCUUGUUGUUUUUAUCGACGGAGAGGUGCAGCAAGAAGAAGGCUCUACUUUCGAUGCGGUUGAGCUUUUUGUUGAGCUGGUCAGCCUGCUUCGAGAGUACGAGAUGAUGUUAUGGUUAAGCUCAAACACGCGAAAAGAAACCGAAAAAUUUGCGAAGGCAGAGGAUUCGUCAAACUCAUCUUUCGCCUUGACCAGCAUCUCAAAUAAAAAGGAUAGAAGGGUUGCAACCAUAUUGGAGGAUUUGUUUGCAACGGACAUAAAGCCUCGUCAGGCCAUUGGUCUACCUCAGAGCUAUACGCUAACGCUCGGCAUCCAAGAUGUGCUGUCAUGGGUGACUCGACCAGGCGAAGUGGCGUACCCCAACGCCUUGGUCUACAUACAGUGCGACCUGAUAGCCAAGGGCAACAUUGACCUUGCCUGGGAUUUCCUGCGCUUCCAACCAAGCACAUCCUGGGCGACCUAUGUUAAGGGUCGUCUAUACGUGGCCAUGUCAGAGCUUGAUACGGCAGCCUUAUAUUUCAGAAAAGCUGCCUACCUUCUCUCCUGUGGAAAGCCGCUGGGCAACCUGCACGAGAUGUCCUCGACACUCCUUGACAUUGUCUCUGUGGACUCGUUCCAUAAUGGGCUUCCAAAAUACUUCCAACAUGUGCUCUCAAUAUUUGAGCAGGCCCGAGCAUUUUCUCAUGUUUCAGAGUUUGCUGGCCUAGCAUUGCAGGCUCUUGCCAGUGAACACGGUAGCGAGCAGGACCUGGAGGUUUCCCGAACGAAGAACGACCUCCUCUCGCGCCUGUUUUACGCUUCUCUGCAAAUUUGUCAAUUUGACCAGGCAUACUCUGCCCUCUCUCGAUACCAGGACCUUGCGCUGCAGAAAUCCGCUUUGGGCUCCCUCAUCACCAGCAUCCUGGCCGCUUCAGGUCCAGGUACCGCUGGGCUCGACCAGAUCCUCGCCUUCCCAACAACACUAAUCCCUAACCUCGCCUCUCACGUCGACGAGAUCCUGGUCUCUCUCGCCCGGAAACAGCCCUCGGCCACUUUCCUUGAUGCUAAGAGUAAGUGGGCUGAAGGCACGGUCGACUACCAAAGAAUCCUCCAAACCUACCGCAUCAAGCGCGGGGACUACCGCGGGGCAGCAGAAGUCGCCUACCAAAACGUCGAGCGCCUCCGCCAGGCCAGAGACACAUCCGCCCACCACCUCCUUUCCAAAGCCAAAGCAGGCGAUCACCUCCAUAAUGUCCUUGAAGACGACCCUGAGAGCAGCGAAAUUAGACACGAGCUCCUUUCUCUCAUCAACCUCCUCGCCUGCGUCGACAAAAGCGAAGCCUACAUCCUCGUCGAUAAAGAAGAGUCGCGCUCGCUCUCAGUCCGCCGCAGCAAUGCAAGCCUGAAAUCAGCGGCUGCACAAGAUGACGAUGGGAACAUAUUCAUGGAUGAUGCAGACGCGCCAACGUCGCGUCACGGGUCCAUUUCAAACCUCCGACUCCUGCCCUCCAACUCUACCAAGUCAUCCGCCUCUAUUCCGCCCCCGACAACAACCGCGCAGGGCCCGCAACGACGAGUCAUUGUUACGCUCGAGCACUUGCGCCGCGAGUACCAGUCUGAGCUGGACCGGGUGAGCAGGAUUGAGCGCGGAGACUGGGAGUUUGGCCUCGAUGAUGGCGUGGGACUCGAGCUGGAGAGGAACGGGGCUGGUAAUGAUGGGGCGUUGCUGCUUACUUGA